AUGAGAAAAUUAACAAAUGAGUAUAAUGCUUCAAGAAAUGUUAUGGAAGAAAACACAUCGUCUAGUCUGGAAGAAUUUACGUCGAGUUCAACACCGUAUUCAGAAAAUAACGUUCAAUAUGACGAUGAACAACUCAAAAAUGUACAGGUAGCAGGUCGUUUUGAUGAGUCACCAUCUCUAAAUAAUCCGUUUACAACACAGCGUGAUGAUUUCAUGGAAUCAUUCCCUGACAGUCAGGGAGAUAGUCAAAAUUCUUUACUGCCUACACACACACAUGGGACUGCAAGAUAUCAAGCAAGUAACCCCUAUCCAGACUAUAGAGGAUAUUAUUCAAGAGACAGGACAAGUGAAGGAAAUAACAGAAAUGUUAACAAUACCAGUUAUGAUGGUGAAUACACGUCUUCAUCAAAUUCUAAAUCUAAUUUAAAUACAAAUACAAAGUUUAAUGAUUCUAUUGGUAAUGAAAACUCCCCUCCAAAUCCAGGUAAAUAUAUCUCGACAUCCAAACUUAUAAGUGAUAUACCACUAAGUAAUAGUUUUAUCCAUACCCCGAAACCAUUUGACAGAUACCCAAAAGUGAGUUCUACAGUUCCAAAACAAGUUCUACAAAUUAAUAAAGUGGUAAUUUCACCGACAGAAACUAACACAAAAAGUUCAAAUCAUAAUUCAUCUUCUACAAUAGAUUCUUCUUCUUUUGGUUCGAAAAAUAAUGGUUUUAUUGAAAAAGAUUUUUCACCGUUUGGAGGAUAUCCAAAAUCACUUUUCCCCCUGUCUAUGGAUGAAAAGGAGGUAGACGAUUAUUUACAUAACCCAAAUCCUGAAGAAGAGGCUAAAUUAGAUAGAAGAAGGGUCCUGGAAGAUUUAAGACAUAUGAAUACAAAAUCACUUAUGGGAUUUGCAGGAUUAUUGACCUUGUUUCUUGGUGCAAUGGCCGUAUUCAUUGUCUUACCUGCAUUGACAUUCACAGGUUAUGUGAAUCAUUCAACAAAGACUGAUUCAGUACCUGAAAAUGUCACUUUUGUAGAAUAUCUAACAGAGUACCAGUACCCACAACUUGCAGCUAUUAGAACUUCACUUAUUGAUCCAGAUACACCAACUUCAGCAUAUACUAAAAAGUCUAAAAAUGGUGACACAUGGCAAUUGGUUUUUUCAGAUGAAUUUAAUGCUGAGGGAAGGACAUUUUAUGAAGGUGAUGAUCAAUUCUGGACCUCUCCAAAUAUUCAUUAUGCUGCAACAAAUGACUUAGAAUGGUAUUCCCCAGAUUCUACCACUACUUCUAAUGGAACUUUAAAAUUAAGAAUGGAUGCCUACAAAAAUCAUAAUCUUUUUUAUAGAUCAGGUAUGUUACAAAGUUGGAAUAAAUUUUGCUUUACACAGGGAUCUAUUGAGGUAUCUGCUAAUUUGCCUAAUUAUGGGCGUGUUGCAGGUUUAUGGCCCGGUAUUUGGACUAUGGGGAAUUUAGCUAGACCAGGUUACUUAGCUUCCACGGAAGGUUUGUGGCCUUACUCAUAUGAUUCUUGUGAUGCUGGUAUUACACCAAAUCAAAGUUCUCCAGAUGGUAUAUCGUAUCUACCGGGUCAAAGGUUGAGUGCAUGCACAUGUGAUGAUGAAGAUACUCCAUCUCCUGGUAUAGGUCGUGGUGCCCCUGAAAUCGAUGUUCUUGAAGGAUCAGUAGAUACUGCUUUGGGUACAGGUGUUGCAUCUCAAUCUUUACAAGUUGCGCCUUUUGAUAUUUGGUACAUACCUGAUUAUGAAUAUAUAGAAAUUUACAAUUUUAGCACCACAGCGAUGAAUAGUUAUACUGGUGGACCAUUUCAGCAAGCUAUAUCUGCUGUGACAACAUUAAAUACUGCAUGGUAUGAAUAUGGUCCACAAGGUGGAUAUUAUCAGACCUUCGGUAUGGAAUAUUUAAAUGAUGAUAAAGAUGGUUAUGUUCAGUGGAGUGUUGGAGGGGUUCCUACAUUUACAUUAUAUUCCACAGCCUUACAUCCGAAUGGGAAUAUUGGCUGGAGAACAAUUAGUAAAGAGCCAAUGUCAAUAAUUUUAAAUUUGGGUAUAUCUAAUAGUUGGGAUUAUAUUGAUUGGCCCCAAAUUUUUUUCCCUGUUACUAUGUCCAUUGACUAUGUUAGGAUUUACCAACCGAAGAAUGCAAUAUCAACUACAUGUGAUCCAGAGGAUUUUCCUACUUAUGAUUAUAUUGAAUCUCAUAAGAAUGCAUAUACCAAUGCUAAUUUGACAAGCUGGAAAAUGGCUGGUUAUACUUUUCCCAAAAAUGCACUCACAGGAAACUGUAAGAGUUCUGCUUGGAAUGCAAGAAAAAAGAAAACAUAG